CAUUCGGAUUUCAGGAAAUUACUAGAACCUCCAUAUAUUGAUAGGAUUGAAUGGUCGAAAUGGCAUGUCUUUUGGGUAGAUGAAAGAGUAGUGCCAAAGGAUCAUGAAGACAGAAACUAUAUGCUUGCUUACGAUGGGUUUCUUUCUAAGAUACCAAUUCUCCCUAGUAAUGUCUAUGCAAUCAAUGAUGUGUUGUCAGCCAAGGGUGCAGUUGAUGAUUAUGAGACUGUCAAACAUUUGGUCAAUUUAAGUGUGAUAGAUCUAUCAGCAGCUAGUGAAACGUUUCCAAAGUUUGAUCUCAUGCUGCUGGGCACGAGUCCAGAUGGACACGUCACUUCUUUAUUCCCAGGGCAUCCUCUCCUUAAAGAAAACGAAAAGUGGGUCACCUUUAUUAAGGACUCACCAAAACCACCGCCAGAGAGAAUUACUUUUACCUUCCCUGUGAUCAACUCGUAUGCAUAUAUUGCCUUUGUGGUUGUGGGUGUUGGUAAAGCUGGAGCAGUGCAAACAGCAUAAGGAGAGGGCCAAAAUUCCGAUAAGCUUCCUGUCCAAAAGGUUUCACCCGAAGGGGACUUGACUUGGUUUUUGGACAAGGGUGCAACUUCAAAGCUGUAGGAGUCCUGAUGUUUAAAUCCGUAUGAAGGCAUCCAAGUAGUGCGC